GUCCCGAAGAGGUUGGAGACUGGGCCAACCCGGCUCAGGAAUGGGGUGAUGGAAGUGGCCAAGACCAGGCCGAGGAGCAAGAAGGCUGGGAGGAGGACGCUGUCAAUGAUAGUGUUGCUGAGGUUGGCAAGCCAUCGGAGGAGGAAGUGUUGGAGGAGGAAGCGUGGGAGGAGGAAGCGGGGGAUGAGGAAGUGGGGGAUGAGGAAGUGGGGGAUGAGAAUGAGGCAUGGGAGCAGGAGGCAUGGGAGGAGGACAAUGCGCAACCAGCCCAGCUGGAUCAAUGGCCUGCUGACGGAGACACUGAUGAUCAUGGGCCAGCAGGGGUGGAUGGGUCUGCGGAUGAAGUCUGGCCUGGCGCAGAAG